ACGAAAUCCAGAGAAGCGUGGGCUCUGUUCCGAGCAGCUGCAGUUGGAUCAUAUGCCAUAACCUUUGAGCAGCCUAGCAGUCGGCAUGCAGCUGAUUGCAGGCUCUUCUCAUUGAUUUCAGAAAGUCAGUCCACAAUUGUCGGAGUCGUGUUGCUUGCUUGAAGCUGCUGUCUUACUCUUCCUAGCAACCACUUGCUUUGUUCAAGCGCUAUGGCGGAUGGCGAGGAUAUCGCCGGACUGUUCGACAAUCUAGAAUCAGAGGAGCCAUCGCCAGACAAGGUUCACAGACCGCGUCACAGCUUUGUCUUUGAAAGCUUUAGCCACGACUACGUGAAGGAGCAGGACAAGGUCAUGGUAAACAACAACAACAACUUUGAGUACACUGUGGACCCCCAAGAUGAAUCCAAGCUCCUGAAAAUGACGAAGGAGGAGCAAGAAGCUGACGAGCGGAGGGGCAUGCCACUAGACUACCACCGUCAGCUCUCAUGUUGUACUACUCGGCAUUGGGUCGACCACUUUCAUGCGCACUACCGCAUAGUCAAUGUGUCCAAGCAGAAUUUGCUUUGGAUGAAGACCGCAGCGGUUCGAGCCAAAGUGUGUGCGGGAUUGUCUGCGACCUAUGUAGACGAUUUAGAGGAGUGCGCCAGGAAGGCGGACUGUGGAGGUGCGUUUGACUUGUGCAAUCCGGAAAGCGCGGAGACAGGAUAUUUUGUACGCACAGACCGAGUGAGUCUCAAAGAUGGCAUGCAUGGAGUUGGCCCAUACUUUUCCUUGAAGCAGAUCUUGGAAUCAGCCGUCACUGCUCGAGGCGGGCAUCAAGGAGUGAGCGACCAGACUCAGCAGCUCAAGUUUUAUCUCUUUCCCUGGCUGCCGCAUCUCGAUGGCUUCCGCGAGUUCCGCGUGUUUGUAUGCCACAAACGCGUCACGGCCAUGUCUCAGCAGUCCCUGUACCGGGUGAAUCCCAUUCUUGAAGCUGUAGCGGAUCUAGACCCGUGCCCUGAUGCAGCUUCCUCCUUGCACCCAACCAAGAAGCUGGCGAAUCACUACCAAUCGAAGAUCCUGUCCAAUUGGUGCAACUUGCUAGUGCCCUACAUUGAGGAGGUUGUAGUGCCUAGGAUCAGGGGCGAGGAGGGCGACAGACGGGAUGAAGCAGAGGCGCCUCUGCAGUGUGGUCUCGAGAGCUUCAUCCUGGACAUCGUGCUGUUGGGGCCGUCAGCCUGCACUGAUGCGUUGACAGCCAAAAGGAUCAUUGAUGCUCACGAGAAGGGCGAUGUGUCAGACAGCAAGCAAAUGCCGGACCUUUUCGCGCCAGAGCUCUUGACGCCGCACUUCAUUGAGAUCAAUCCGUUUGGGUAUAACCAAUCCAGUGGCUCGUCACUCUUCUCUUGGACGCACGAAUACAGCACCCUGUACGGCCUUCAGAAUGGAGCGGGAUCCGGAUCGCGGCUCAUUCCUGUGAGGUUCACUCGCUCUUAGGUGUCGCGGCAAGACUUGUUGUGCAUGGACUCAUGUAUCUUGCUGCUAGACACGUGUCGGCGGAGUUUCCAAGUACUCCCUACCGCUUACAAGGCUCUUAAAUAUUUGCUUAGCCCCAGCCUGUGGUACUGAAACAUCUCCCCA